AUGUGCUUGAUGGCUGGUGCCUUGUGCCCCGCUAGGUUCUUUGCCUCACAGUGAUACCUUCUUUAUUGCACUUCGUCAUGGCUCUAUCUAUAGAGAUUCGACCUCAUUCUCAUUCGCUGGACAUGUUCGGCAGGCCGGAUGUAUCCACUGCGUAUUCACUCUCUGGGGACGUCGCCCUAUCCCUGCUCUGCCCCUACUCCAUCUUCGAGCGCCGCAGAUGUGCACGGCUACUCCUACAGUCGCUCGUCAUCCACUUCGAGGGACAAUGCGAACUUAUCACCGACGAAACUGGCUACGUGCCGUAUCGCGUGUACCGAGAUUCGAAGGAGCUAAUCGUAGGCGGACCUGUCGAGCUCAGCAACGAUGGUCACGAAGACACGUGCGAGCCAUGUACAUGGAACGUCGCCUUUAACUUGGUCGUUCCCGGCUGGCUCCCGACGUCAUGCGUCGUUGGCGACUACACAAGCGUGGACAGUGGAACAAGCUACGCUCUAUAUGUUACAGCGACAUUCUUAGAUGUCGACGAAGAAACGAGUACUUCAUGGAUCUCAUCAUGGUUUCCACCGCUCUGCUACCCGUUUCGCUCAAGGAAAUGCGUUGUUCAUGCAGCAAGAUGUGAUAUCAUCGUGAACCGGUAUACAUCGCAACCUGCACGCGAGCCAUCCUCUCCAGCCCUCUCCAGCUCACAUACGGUUGACUAUACCGUUUACGCGGACCAAAAUAGCAACGUCGAUACAUCCUCUGGCGUGCCCUUCGAGGUGGUCUCUAAGGUUCGCGCGUUGAUAUCAGUUCCCGACUACGUCGACGUGAACGAUACAUCGUUUCCUCUCUGCCUACGUCUUCGUACGAAGGACCUUCCGGAGCAUGAUUGCAAGCGCCUCAGAGUCACCGGGUUCUCGCUCGACAUUGAGCAGAUAGAGCAGUACCGUAACACGCCAUCUGCAGCCUACAAGUCAUCAUACCCUCUUCCACCGGCAUCAGAGCAGCCGCCCCACCGACCGCUGCGGAAUCCGCAUCCAUUUCACGCAGUCUACGAAGUUGGCCUCGGCGCCUCCCCUCCGUCGCAGAACGUCUAUACGCGCACCGUCUCUCUCCUCCCCGAUAACAGAUCCGGUGGAUACAUGCUCGAAGGCGAUAGAUACAUCUUCAAACGGGACGCAGAACCGGAAUGCUCCUCGACGUGGUUCGCCAUACGCACGGAUGUUUCAUUCUCCGGUUCCUCUCACAAACGUCCGCGAAGGCUCCAGCAGAGUGGACGCGCGCCACUGUAUGCGUUCACCCAUCGGUUGCAGGUCACACUGGAGUGCACGUACGACCUCAACGAAGGCGACGAGCCCGAGUGUGCCACCGAAUGGCUGCGGUUCUCCAUCCCUCUGCGCUUCGCGCGCGUCAUGCGCAGCUGCCCGUCAGAGUGCAGAGCGUUGACGCCAUCCGAGCUCUCUUUCAUCUCCGGACGCUCGCCUUCGCCUUCCGUCGAGUCUCUCAGCAACUCUUCGACCUUUAACCUUGCACUUGUGUCGAGCGCGCCAUAUGCACAGUCACUGCCUGCAUACUCUCAACUGUUUGACGAAUAUGGCGAGCGCAAGAUCGACUAUUCGGUACCUUUGCCGCUGUAUACACCCAAUGUCUCUCCCGGAGACGUGAAGGUUGAAGAGUCCUUCCUCCUAGGGUGA